AUGAAGUCCUUCCAACUCCUCCUGGUCGUUGUCCUUGUCGUCGUCGUCCCAAUCUUGGGCCUAAAUACCGCCUGGGCGGCCUCCUCCACAACAGCCCCGCCCUCGCUCGCGGCGCUACGCGCGGAGCUGGCGCUCUUUGAGUCGUCCAUCGUUCAGGCGUACCUCGCCCGUCAUUCGCUCUCGCCAGACUUUUUCAAGGGCGAAAAGGAGCUCAUACGCAAAGCACUGGACCGUUUGACAUCGCUCGUCGACAAGAAGUACGAGCGAGCUGCAAAUGAGGACGAAGGCGUCUUCUAUGGCGGCCCCCUCAAGUACAUCUUCUACCAGCGCGACAAGGGCCGAUUCGGCGAUUCGUCCCAGUCACAGACCGGCUCCAUCUUCGACGGCCUCUUUGCCUCGUCUCCUCAUCAGCCUGCCACCGAGGAGCAGCAGCGCAUGGUUGAGCCGGCCGCGGUGCUCGAUGGGGCUCUUCUCUCGCUCAUCUCCUCGCGCAUCGGCAUCGGCAAAGAUGUAGCACGGGCCAAGGCCGCCUCGGACCGAGAAAAGUACUGUACCAAGGAAGCCACGAGCAGCUCAUCAAAGGUGCGCCAGAACCUCACGGACCAGAAGCAAGUGGACGCGGUCAAGAAGUCGGUCCAGGACAAGUUUACAAAGUGGAGCGCCAGCACGCCGUCGACUGACGAGGUGCAGCGCUUCGUCAGCUUCUUUGAGAGGAUCAUCGAUGUGACAACCGACGUCGAAGUCUACACGAUCAAAUCCAAUCAGGCAGGCUGCUGA